AUGCUGGACAGACGGAGCAGAGUGAUUGCGGCCAUCAACAUUGCCUCUGCAGUGGAUAGCGCUGAUGGAGCUUUACUGCCGGCCGUGUAUGGUGCCUUGGAGAGUGAGCUGGAAAUGGGGCCGGGUGUGCUUGGGCAGCUGGCACUCUACUCCAGCCUGGCAGCCACGCUCUCUUUGCCCAUUUGGGGCCAGGUGGCCGACCAGCGACGCAGUGUUGGCGGACGCGUGCAGUUACUGAUCGGCGGUUGCGUUGCCUGGGCGGUGUUGACCGCGCUGACCGGACUGACGUCCUCUUUCUGGGAUCUGUGUCUGCUGCGCUCCUUGAACGCAGUAGCACUGGCAAUGAUCAAUCCUGUCGCCGGAUCGUUGAUUGCGGACCUGCAUCCGGCAGAGCAGCGUGGCCGGGCAUUCGGCAUCAAUGAGGUGUGUAAGUCGACUGGUUCCAUUAUUGGCGCCUACUUGGCCGGCAAGUCCGGAGCAAUGCUGGGCAGCUGGAGGUAUGCAUUUUUUGGAUUUGGCAUCGUGGCCUUGUGUGCAGCGCUAUGCAUUCGGUGCCUGGCAUAUGACUCGAUGGCGCACACCAGCGAUGCUCCAGAAAGCGGCCGUUCUGUGGCACCACGAGUAGGUGUCGGGCGUGCACUGCAAGUGGUGUGCUCCUCGGCAACGUUCCGCUUGAUCGUUCUGCACGGUGUGUUUGGCUCCAUUCCGUACCACUCGCUGGGCUUCCUGGCACUGUGGUUCCAGUCGGGUGGAGUCAAGGAUGCAGGUCUAGCUGCUGCGCUGGGCUCAAGCCUACGUGUGGGUGGCAUCGUUGGCAACAUCCUUGGCGGUAAGCUGGGUGACAUGGCCGCGCAUCGGUCACCGCUGCAUGGCCGUGUGUACGUUGCUCAGCUCGCCGAUGUGCUUCGCCUGCCUCUCGUUUAUCUCAUCUUUCACGUUGGCGUGCAGAAUGGCAGUGGGUCAAUGGCAGCCGCUCUCCUAUUCCUUAUUGGUUGUAUUGCGCCUUGGGUCAAUGUCGGUGCCAAUCGGCCAAUUCUAUCCGAAAUCAUCUCUCCGUCGCUCCGAGCGCGCAUAUUUGGCUACCAGCUUGGACUCGAGGGCAUCUCGGCCAGCUUGUUUGGUGCACCACUGGUCGGCCAUCUCGCCGAGCGUGUCUAUGGCUACCAUCGUCCGGCUAAGGGUGAGGCAUGGAGGCAUAGUGAUCACGUGGCACUAGGCAACGCAAUGUUUGUCUGUGUCAUGGGCCCCUGGAUGUUCUGCGCCUUUCUUUUUACGCUAAUUCACUUCACGUACCCGCACGAAGCGCAGCGCGGGCAGAAAAUCGGUGAGAAAGAAGUUGAGGAGGUGGUGUGA